GUCCCGCACUGCGCCGACCGUCCGCUGUGAGAAACGGUCAGAGGCGCCACCAGGUUGGACCCGUGACGCGGAACCCGACACCGCAGCGGGAGCACAGCGGCUUCAGCUAGAGCGAACUGUCAUUUUUAAGGUCACAGCGGCGAAAUGAACCCUUUCUCUCGCCAUAUUGGGGUUUGUUUGGUAAAGAACCGCAGCUCGCUGGGGUCAAAGUGACCCUCUCUCUCAGGUGGGACACUGCUGUACUGAUGUUUGGGUGCCAGCGUUUACAGACCUCUUCGUGCUGCUUCAGGUGGAGAACAUCACUGCUGCUGCUCAACAGGGUCCUGUCUGAAUUGUGGCUGAAGCAGGUUUGGGGAAAAAGUGGAAAGUCUUUCAACUCAGUCCACUUUUUGGUCUCUAAUCCACCUCAGCAAGGAGAAGAUAGAAAAAAUGGCAAAGAGACAGAGUUACACCACUAUCGAAAAGAGAACUCUGUAUCCAAGAAAGGACAAGAUGUGACCAGGUUUUCUGCUGACAGUUUCAGAUGUCUUGCAUACAGGACACCUUUUUCCUUACCUCAGUCCUCUGGAGGUAGUUCAGGCUGUGAGGGUUUUUUGCAAGCCUGCUCACGGGAGAAGACAGUUCAGAGAGCUGUCCGCUCAAGCUCGCUUCAUCCUUCUGCCGAAGAGUUAAGUGGACAACACGGCAACACAUUUGUGUCCUCUGAGCCUUGGAAAGCUUCUUUCUGUAAACGCCUCAUGUGGAAAAACUCCAGUUAUCCCCGGCGUACUGUUCUGAACAAGCACUUAUUACAAAAAACACAUCGGGAAGAAGUGCGCAGGUCAACGACAUACUCAAAACAGACCCAUAUGUGCAGUAUUAAAAGUGGUCGUAAGAAGACCUGGAGUCAUAGGCAAUGUAAAUCAUUUCACGGGAACUCUCCUCCAUGCUGGUGUAUGACCCUGCCAAAGGUCGGUGCCAUGCGGGCCCAAAGUUGUUGGCUGCACCAGGGUGCUGCUGUGCCCGUAGGGACGACUCCUGGCAAGAAUGCCCUGAGAGACAGCCUGUCAGCAGAGAAUGAAAUGAGGUGUCGUCAUAUCCUGAAGCCCAACUUGAGCUUGUACCGCAUGGAGGGUCAGGGGAGAUGGGCAGCAGUGCUGGUCUCCCUGUGCUUGGAGAAUGGGGAACCAGCCUUCCUGUUCACCCUCAGGUCCAGCAUGCUCAAAGGCAGACACAAAGGUGAUGUCAGCUUUGCAGGGGGGAAGUGUGAUCCAUCGGAUCAGAACGUCAUUGACACUGCGCUGCGGGAAGCACGCGAGGAGCUGGGCGUCACCGUGGCACCAGGCAGUGUAUGGGGUGUACUGAAGCCUCGCAAGGAUAUGUCUGGAAUGAUUAUAGCCCCUGUAAUAGCAAACCUGGGUCCCCUGGAGGCGCUGUCAUUUUGUCCAAAUCCUGCAGAGGUCGAGGAAAUCUUCACUAUCUCACUCAGUCACCUGUGUUGUCCGGAGAACCGUAGUUACACAAACUUCCGCACUGGUGACCGUUAUGGGUACACCUUACCUGUGUUCCGCAAUGGGAAGCACCGGGUGUGGGGGCUCACAGCUAUAGCCCUGGACCACACCCUCAAACUCAUUGUAAACCCAUAGCAGUCAGAGCUGGUGGAGCUUUCAAUCAUGACUGCCAUCAAAACUAUUAUGAUGACUGUGUGUGUGAGAUCUGUUUUAAUACUUACACUGACUGAAACACAACUAAUUGAUACAGUCAUCAUCUGUGAUUAUAUAUCUUCGGAUUCAGGCUUCUGUAUCUAUAUAACA